AGUCUGCUUUAGAUUCUCCUGCGGUUCGGUGUGAAAAUUGAAAAUUCUCCGAGUCAUUGAAAAAACUACGCAUUCAGAGUGUCUGAAAUUGCAUUUUAAAAAUAGCCAUUUUCUAGUUUAAGAAAAUUUCAUAGUAACGGUACACGACGAAUAAAUAGAGCAAACCCAAAAAUAAAUUCAUUUUGAGUUAAUAUGGCCACCAACAUAUCAGAAAUAAGAUAGAACUCACAACACGUUUUGAAAUCUACAAAAAAAAAAUAAAAUAAAAAUUAAAAAAAAAAAACUGUGUAACAACAAAAACGCGUGCCCAUUUCUUCAUUAUUACCCAAUAUAACUCAGCGAUUGAUUUUCUCAAUGUUAAAUGUGAGCUGAUUUGUUUGAUUGGAAAAUGUCUAAGAAACCACGAGGGAAUAUACACAAAAUUCGUCAAUUCGAAUUGGAAAAGAUACAAUUGAUCGAUGAAUUUGAUAUCUUGCAAAUAGUAGGUGAAGGAUGGUUUGGCAAAAUCCUAUUGGUGGAACAUAGAGCAUCCCAAACCGAAAUGGUUUUAAAAGCGGUGCCAAAACCUUAUGUGUCGUUAAAGGAUUUCUAUCGGGAAUUUCACUAUGGCCUACAUUUGGGUAUACAUCGAAAUAUUGUGACCACCUAUGAUGUGGCAUUUGAAACAGCGGGAUUUUAUGUUUUUACUCAGGAAUAUGCACCAUUAGGUGAUCUAACUUCAAAUGUCACCGAUACCGGUGUCGGAGAACUCUACAGUAAACGGGUGGCCAAGCAGAUUGGUUCUGCUUUAGAUUAUAUGCAUUCAAAAGACAUUGUACAUCGUGAUGUAAAAUUAGAUAAUGUUUUAAUAUAUCGUUCCGAUUUUACUCGUAUUAAGCUAUGUGAUUUUGGUGAAUCGUAUCAGACGGGAACUAUUGUUGAGAGACGCAACGAAUGGUUGCCAUACAGUCCACCUGAAGUAUUAGAAAUAAAACCGGAAGGAACCUACAAAGCUGACCCCAGUCAUGAUGUUUGGCAAUUUGGCAUUGUCAUCUUCGUUUGUCUUACUGGAUGUUUACCCUGGCAAAAGGCGGCAUCGGAUGAUCCACGUUAUAUGCGCUAUCUGAUAUGGCAGAAUAGCAUGAUGUUGGCCAUAAGACGCACUCCAAAACUCUUCAAACUCCUAACGUCAAGAGCGCAACGUAUGUUUAAGAGAUUCCUUGAACCACGUGCCGAUCGAAGACCGAAAAAUCUCUCGGAUUUAACAAAAUUCUUGGAUGAUCGUUGGCUGGCAAAGACAGCCGAAAAAGAAAUGGCUGAAUAUGAAACGGAUGAAUUGUGUCCGUCCAUGUAUUCGUUUCACAGUAGUCCCGACGAAAAGAAUCGUUUGCUAUAUAAUUUGGCCGAUUGUGGCAUAGAGACCAAUGUGGAUAGGCACACCAAAAAGAUACGAAUAAAGGAGUGGAUCGAAUCAUCGGUGAUAACGGAAGAAGAUGAGGAGGAAAUGGAAGAAACAAACUCAGCCUCGUCACCUUCAUCUUCGGUUUCUCGAGAACCGGUGCGUGGUCAUAUAUCAUCGCUGCGUACAGCCUCCAAUGAUAAGCCCAAAGAAAUCAAAACAACACUUAAAGAUGCCAAUCAGAAACAUUUCGAUCCUCGCACUGGUGUCGUCCAGACAGGACCCAGUGAAAUGGGCACAGCACAGUUCGAUACAACACACAAAUCAGAUAGUCCUUCCUCGAUGGCCAGUAACCUAUCUACCAUGAUGAAUAAUGACAGUUUGGCGGGAAGCCUUAUAACAUUGGGCUCCCGAGCCGAUCUGUUAUCUAGUAGUUUGGAAAUAUAUAACUCCACCACCGCUGAUCUAAAUCGUAUGGGUGUUCUUAGUAACAGCUAUGAUCAGCUCAGCGAUGCCGGCGAUAGCUAUCCGAAUAUACCGGCAGUGGCAGCCCCCAAAAAUUCUAUAGGCGUUGGUACUUCAAGACCCAUGGCCGGAAAUAAGGGUAUUUUGCAACGCUCGAAAUCAGAUUCUGUAAGAAUGGCUUUGUUUGCCAGCUCUCCAGCAUUGGACAAUGGUAACGGCAAUCAAUGGCAGGCGGGCAAUCCUACGCUACAACCCCAAUUGAACAACAACAACAAUAAAUCAGUAACAUUUUCCGGUUUGGCCAGCUCCUUUCAGACCAUGGCUCCCAUAUUGAUGCCAGGAAGUAUGGCAUCCCCAGCUAACAAACAGCAACAACCAUUGCAACAGCAGCAACAGCAACCGUUGAGGAUAAAUCAAAAUCACAAUAAAAAUCAUCCAACUUUUUAUGAUUCUCACAUAAAGGACAGUGCCUAUGGUUCAUCAGAAAUAAAUGAUUCGCAGUGGAGUCAUCAAAACUCUCCGGGACCCAUGGUCAUGAACGCAAAUGGAACCAGAGCACAAAAUGGUUUUCAAACUCCCACGAACAAUAUGCCAAAAAUGACCAGUCCUCUGUCUACGGUUCGUACCCAAAGCUCUCAGCAGCAAAGGGCCUACACGGGCGCAUUGACAACGAGCAUGAAAGACUCCGCUUACGAUCGUGUUAAUCCAAAUAUAUUCAAGAAGAGUAGAUGAAUUUUACUCGUAACUGAUUUGAAUCAAAAACAUCUUUUUUUUAUUUGUGACCCUUGAAUAUACGAGUAUCUGUCUG